AUGACACUAUCAGCCGCAAGUAUGGCGAAUAUGGACAACGACAGUCUUAACACAGACAUGAUGGCACAGAACGACAUUGUCCAACCACGGGCAUCGUCCAGCAUGUCGCCUUCCAACAGGAUUGAUGGAAAGGAACCUGCCAUGACACCAGCGACUCAAGACACGUCGACGCCAAUGUCAUCUGAGUCGCUGCUCAACUCGGCUCAACGAUCGGAACGCUCAGUUCGGUUGCCACUGCCAUCCCCAGCCAGGUCACGUUUGGAUCCACAGUAUGCCAAGAGAUUAUCACAACCAUAUCCUACGGUUCCAUCAACGACCAGAAUUCUGCCACCACCUGGCAUUACACGUGAUAGUGACAUUUCCAUCUUUCGACCCGUUCCCAUUAUCUCUCCACGAGCUAAUAUGGAUUCGCCUCGGCGCAGCUUUUCCUACUUGAUGCGAGAAAAUAGUUUGGGUAGCAGCAGUCAAGGAAGUGCCUCCAGUACUCCCAAUCGCAUGUUUGGGCGAAUGCAUUCGGAUCUCGGCUCGUCGGAUCGCUUUAUUCCCUCGCGAGCUACAUCCAACAUGAAGGUCAACCUCUGGGAUUCGAUUCACGAUCGAAAUGCUGGUUCAAACAACAACCACAGUGCGGAAUCAGACAAUCCAGCGAAUGAUGGUAAUCAAUCCAAUACCAAUGGUACUACAAACGAUGACACUAGCGCGAGCGCUAGUGCCUAUCCGCGACAAGGCGACGGAGCCCAAUCCUCUCAGGCCAAUUUGCACAAUGUGUUACUACGUUCAGAACUCUUGGGAGAAAAUAUCAGUCCCUACUCUGGGCAUUCGGCCAUGGGCCAGAUUUCACGAUCGUCGGGCAACGCGACUCCUCUUCGAGACGGCAUGAAUCGUUUACAAUUCCGAAGUCCCCGUCAAGCCUUUCAAGAUACCGUCUAUGGCAAUGAUAUGGGACCCACAUCAGUCGUGAAUAACUUCAGUCUAACACCAGUCGGAAGUGCUGGCAGUCAACGACUCAUGGCAGCCCCACAAAAGAGACGACGCCGGAUUGCCAAGGUGCCUUUCAAAGUGUUGGAUGCACCAGCCUUGCAGGAUGACUUUUAUCUCAACUUGGUAGAUUGGUCGUCUCAAAAUGUUUUGGCAGUGGGACUGGGAUCGUGUGUUUACUUGUGGAGUGCUUGCACAUCUAAAGUUACAAAACUCUGUGAUUUGGCGGCUACCGAAGAUCACGUCACUUCUGUGUCUUGGGCCCAACGCGGAACGCACUUGGCGGUGGGCACCAACAAGGGUGAAGUCCAAUUGUGGGAUACCAUCAAGUGCAAACAAGUUCGUACGAUGGAUGGUCAUUCUGCUCGAGUUGGAACUUUGGCGUGGACGGGUGCCACCUUGGCAAGUGGAAGUCGGGAUAGAUUGGUAUUUCUACGAGACGUUCGAGUGCAAGCUUCGUACACGGAUCGAUUGGCAGCUCACAAACAAGAAGUCUGUGGACUGAAAUGGUCCUUUGACGAACCUGCCUUUUUGGCCUCGGGUGGCAAUGACAACCAGUUGCACGUGGUCGAUAGUCGAAAUCCAGGGGCACCAGUUCAUCGAUUCUCCGAUCACACGGCUGCUGUCAAGGCGAUUGCUUGGUCACCCCAUCAACACGGUUUGUUGGCCAGUGGAGGUGGUACGGCAGAUCGGUGCAUUCGAUUCUGGAACACUCUAAGUGGUUCCAGCCUCAAUUGUGUAGACACGGGUAGUCAAGUCUGCAACUUGGCUUGGUCCCAGAAUUGCAAUGAAAUUGUCAGUACCCAUGGCUACUCGCUCAAUCAAAUUGUGGUGUGGCGAUACCCCAGUUUGAGUAAGGUCGUUACCUUGACUGGACACACGUAUCGUGUGCUUUACUUGGCCAUGUCCCCAGAUGGAUCUACCAUUGUCACGGGAGCGGGCGAUGAGACGCUACGAUUUUGGCAGAUUUUCCCCGGACCGCGAUCGGAUGGGAAAUCAAAUGCAGGUGGUCUCUUGUUUCCCAAUACUUUGGGGUCGGUGAUUCGAUAG